AUAAUUGAAAGAAAAUCAAAUUGUAAUUUUAGAAAAAAAAAUAUUAAAAACGGAUAUUUUUUAUUGAUAUUAAAAUAUUUUUAAAAAGUUUCCAUACAUAUACCCAAACUCGCCAAGGGUGUACCAUUUUUCUGCACAAAGGGGAAAAAAGAAAAGAGAUCGAAAAUACUACAAAAAGCUUAAUGCAUGCAAAUCUCUCACUAUCUGCACCAGCUCCAACUUUGUGGCAAGCGCCAAACCCCUUUAACUGCCAAGAAACUCCAUGCCCAAAUCAUCAAACUCAGUUUAAAAGAAAGCGAACCCUUGCCCAACACUCUGUUAAAUGCUUAUGGAAAAUGCGGCUUGCUUCAAGAUGCCUAUUUCUUGUUCGAGGAAAUGCCCCAAAGAGACCAUGUAUCGUGGGCCUCCAUUCUUACUGCAUACAACCUGGCCAACCUCCCUAACAAAACUCUCUCCAUUUUCCCCACCAUGUUCAUCGUUGAUAAACUGGAACCUGACCAUUUUGUGUAUGCUACUCUUGUUAAGGCGUGUGCUAGCUUAUGUGCUGUAAGACAAGGCAAGCAAGUGCAUGCUCGUUUUGUUUUAUCCCCGUUUAGUGAUGAUGAUGUUGUUAAGUCAUCUUUGAUUGAUAUGUAUGCCAAAUGUGGAUUACCCAAAAUUGCUCGCGCUGUUUUUGAUUCUAUUUUGGCAAAGAAUGCAGUUUCUUGGACUGCAAUGAUAUCUGGGUAUGCCAAAAGUGGGUUAAAAGUAGAGGCAAUGGAGUUGUUUUCAAGUUUUCCUGUGAAGAAUUUAUAUUCUUGGACUGCUUUAAUAUCAGGAUUAGUGCAAAGUGGAAAGGGGAUUGAUGGUUGUUAUUUAUUUCUUGAAAUGAGAAGAGAAGGGAUUGAUAUAAUAGACCCUUUAGUCCUUUCAAGUGUUGUUGGUGCUUGUGCUAAUUUGGCGGUAUUGGAGUUUGGAAAGCAGCUCCAUGGACUUAUCAUAGCACUUGGUUAUGAAUCUUGCUUGUUUAUUAGUAAUGCUUUAGUGGAUAUGUAUGCAAAAUGUAGUGAUAUUUUAGCUGCCAAAGAAAUUUUUGAUAGAAUGAUUUAUAAAGAUGUGGUUUCUUGGACUUCUAUAAUAGUUGGGGCAGCACAGCAUGGAAGAGCAAAGGAAGCAUUGGAUUUAUAUGAUGACAUGGUUUUAGCUGGAGUAAAGCCAAAUGAAGUGACCUUUGUUGGAUUGAUUUAUUCUUGCAGCCAUGCUGGUUUAGUUAGAAAAGGCCGAAAACUUUUUAAAUCCAUGGUCGAGGACUAUGGGAUUAAACCGUCCUUGCAACAUUUCACAUGCUUGUUGGACCUUCUUAGUCGAUCUGGGCACCUUGAGGAGGCUGAGAAUCUCAUUAGUACAAUGCCAUUUAAGCCAGAUGAACCUAUGUGGGCAGCUUUACUGAGUGCUUGCAAACACCAUAGAAAUAUCCAAAUAGGACUUCGGGUUGCAGAUCAGCUGUUGAGCUUGAAUCCAGAAGAUCCUUCAACUUAUAUACUGUUAUCUAAUGUUUAUGCUAGUGCAGGUUUGUGGGAACGUAUGUCGAUGGUGAGGAGGUUGAUGACAGCUAAGGAAGUUAAAAAGGAACCAGGUCAUAGUACCAUCACCUUUGGAAAGGAAAUUCAAGUCUUUCAUGCUGGGCAUACAUGUCAUCCUAUGAAGGAUGAGAUAUUUGGUAUGCUUAAGGAGUUAGAUGAAGAGAUGAGGAAAAGAGGUUAUGUUCCUGAUACUAGCGCAGUUUUACAUGACAUGGAAGAGCAAGAGAAAGAAAGGCAGCUCUUUUGGCAUAGUGAGAGGUUGGCUGUCGCUUAUGGCCUGCUUAAGUCUGUUCCAGGAACAAAUAUACGGAUUGUGAAAAAUCUUCGUGUUUGUGGAGAUUGUCAUACUGUUUUCAAAUUCCUUAGCGGUAUUGUAGAAAGAGAACUUAUUGUGCGAGAUGCCACCAGGUAUCAUCAUUUUAAGGAUGGAAGAUGUUCGUGCAAUGAUUUUUGGUGAUCAUUUGAGUCUUAGUUCACCUUUGUCUCUCCAUUUUUUAUUUCUAGUGAUUGUGCUGAAGGACAGAUAACAUAUUACUAGCCUAGUCAGGAUACUAGAAGCCUUUUGUGAGUUUCUUAACUUCAUUUGAACUUCCAUGUCCUCCUUGGCUUUGCAAAUUACUCUUGCAAUGUAAUUUUGCUGACAUGAGCAUUCAUAUUCAUUGAAUAUCUUAUAUUUUUUA